AUGAGGACUUGCUCACUGGUCCUGCUAUGGGCGUCCCUGUCCCUCUAUGUGGAUACCAUGUCUAUUACCAGAAGGACUGUAGUGGAGAUGGGAGAGAUGGAAGGAGAGGAGGAGGAGGACCGAGAUGGAGGAAAGGGAGGGAAGCUACUGAAGCGUUUCAAACGAGGAUGGAUGUGGAACCAGUUCUUUCUACAGGAGGAGUACACUGGGAGUGACAAGCAGUACAUAGGCAAGGUAUGUCCUUUUGUCUUAUUGCAGUCGUGCACUUCUGAAAGAGCAGUGUGGGGAAAACCCCACUCUCUGCUAUUGUUGAAUUCUGGCCUUGACACAUAGACAAUAUAAAUAUUGAGAAAUCUCCCAGAGCGUCAAAUGUCAAUGUCACUGCCUAGUGGGACCACAUCAUAUCCCCCCCACCAGGAUUGGGAUUUUCUGAUGUACCACAACAGCAUACAUUGCAUGUUUUAGAGGCUGGAGAGAGGGGAGCUACUGAAGCUACUGAGGCCCUGUACCCGGUAGUACCCUGUAGUCUCUCACAGUGAGACCCGGCUUCACAGAGAAGCAGAGAGAUAAUCAAAGAUUCAGAGAAAAAAAGGGCAAAGAGAGAGGGGGGGGGGGGGGGGGGGGGGGGGGGGGGGGUAGAGAGAGAGGAAGAGAAAGGUAUUCUGGAGCCACUAGGUAUUAGCCCUGGGGAGUGAAGCAGUGCUGUGCAGUGGAUUAUUUCCAUAUGCCUUGUAGGAAAUGAUUCACCUUGUCAGGUCCCUCCUUUUUUUCUCCACCAAGCCUGGCGCUGUGCUGCUAUGCAUAUAAUGAGAUGUUAUCUGUCACAUGUGCUUUUCACUGUUCUGUCCUCUCUGAUGGGACUGAACAGCCUUGUUGUGUGUUAUAGAUGUUUAGCCGGACAUUGUUUACCACCAACAGCACUGUUGAAAUGCAUAUAAGUUUGCUGUCGUAAAGAUGGGACACACACUGAGCAUGGUAGAGGAUAAAACCCCAUUUAAUGCCCAUUGCUCAGAGUUGCAUAAUGGCUACUUAGAGGAAUAAGAGAUGAGAUGAGACAGCAACAUAUGUGCUGAAAGAGGAAUUGCAGGUAAUAUUUGUUACAUGUUGGAUUUAGGUGAUUGAGACAUCUGUGGAGGCUACAAUCGUUCAUCGUUUCUCAUGUCAAGGAUUUAUACCAUCUUGUCUUUCUUCUUUUUCAAUGACUCUCUCCUUUCUUUCCCUCGAUCAUUGUGAACUACCGUUUCAUUCAUGUUCUGAGACUGUCUUGUGCUUUGACAUUUAACUAGAAAGGGCUUACUGUGUGUUCUCAAUGACAGUGAUCAGAGGGCAUUGAGAGUGCACUGAUGUCAAUACUAUAAUGGCGCCGCAGGAGAUGGCUGCCGUUUUACGGGCUCCUAACCAAUUGUGCUAUUAUGUGUGUUUUUUCACGUUAUUUGUCACUUAUUUUGUACAUAAUGUUUCUGCCACCGUCUCUUAUGACCAAAAAGAGCUUCUGGAUAUCAGGACGGCGGCAUGUGUAUAUUUAUAAACAACAGCUGGUGCACAAAAUCUAAUAUUAAGGAAGUCUCUAGGUUUUCCUCGCCUGAGGUACAGUAUCUCAUGAUAAGCUGUAGACCAUACUAUUUACCAAGAGAGUUUUAAUCUAUAUUUUUCGUAGCUGUCUAUUUACCACCACAAACCAAUGCUGGCACAAAGACCGCAUUCAAUGAGCUGUAUAAGGCCUUAAGCAAACAGGAAAACGCUCAUCCAGAGGCGGCGCUCCUAGUGGCCGAGGACUUUAAUGCAGGGAAACUUAAAUCCGUUUUACCUAAUUUCUACCACCAUGUUAAAUGUGCAACCAGAGGGAAAUAAACUAUAGACCACCUUUACUCCACACACAGAGAUGCGUACAAAGCUCUCCCACGCCCUCCAUUUGCAAAUCUGACCAUAAUUCUAUCCUCCUGAUUCCUGCUUACAAGCAAAAAUCCCGCUAUGCCCUCCGACGAACCAUCAAACAGGCAAAGCGUCAAUACAGGACUAAGAUUGAAUCGUACUACACCAGCUCCGACGCUUGUCGGAUGUGGCAGGGCUUGCAAACUAUAACAGACUACAAAGGAAAGCACAGCCACGAGCUGACCAGUGACACGAGCCUACCAGACAAGCUAAAUCACUUCUAUUCUUGCUUCGAGGCAAGCAACACUGAAGCAUGCAUGAGAGCAUCAGCUGUUUCUGGACGACUGUGUGAUCAUGCUAUCCGUAGCCAACAUUCACAAGGCCGCAAGACUAGACGGAUUACCAGGACGUGUAUUCCGAGCAUGCGCUGAGCAUACAAGUGUCUUCACUGACAUUUUCAACCUGUCCCUGACUGAGUCUGUAAUACCAACGUGUUUCAAGCAGACCACAAUAGUCCCUGUGCCCAAGAACACGAAGGUAACCUGCCUAAAUGACUACAGACCCAUAGCACUCACGUCGGUAGCCAUGAAGUGCUUUGAAAGGCUGGUCAUGGCUCACAUCAACACCAUUAUCCCAGAAACCCUAGACCCACUCCAAUUUGCAUACCGCCCCAACAUAUCCACAGAUGAUGCAAUCUCUAUUGCACUCCACACUGCCCUUUCCCACCUGGGCAAAAGGAACACCUACGUGAGAAUGCUAUUCAUUGACUACAGCUCAGCGUUCAACACUGUGGUGCCCUCAAAGCUCAUCACUAAGCUAAGGACCCUGGGACUAAACACCUCCCUCUGCAACUGGAUCCUGGACUUCCUGACGGGCCGCUCCCAAGUGGUAAGGGUAGGUAACAACACAUCUGCCACGCUGAUCCUCAACACAGGGGCCCCUCAGGGGUGCAUGCUCAGUCCCCUCCUGUACUCCCUGUUCACCCAUGACUGCAUGGCCUGGCAUGACUCCAACACCAUCAUUAAGUUUGCCGACUACACAACAGUGGUAGGCCUGAUCACCGACAACGAUGAGACAGCCUAUAGGGAGGAGGUCAGAGACCUGGCCGUGUUGUGCCAGGAUAACAACCUCUCCCUCAACGUGAUCAAGACAAAGGAGAUGAUUGUGGACUACAGGAAAAGAAGGACUGAGCACGCCCCCAUUCUCAUCGACAGGGCUGUAGUGGAGCAGGUUGAUUGCUUCAAGUUCCUUGGUGUCCACAUCACCAACACACUAUUAUGGUCCAAACACACCAAGACAGUCGUGAAGAUGGCCUAUUUCCCCUCAGGAGACUGAAAAGAUUUGGCGUGGGUCCUCAGAUCCUCAAAAAGUUAUACAGCUGCACCAUCGAGAGCAUCCUGACUGGUUGCAUCACUGCCUGGUAUGGCAACUGCUCGGCCUCCAACCGCAAGGCACUACAGAGGGUAGUGCAUAUGGCCCAGUACAUCACUGGGGCCAAGCUUCCUGACAUCCAGGAUCUCUAUACCAGGCGGUGUCAGAGGAAGGCCCUAAAAAUUGUCAAAGACUCCAGCCACCCUAGUCAUAGACUGUUCUCUCUGCUACCGCACGGCAAGCGGUACCGGAGCGCCAAGUCUAGGUCCAAAAGGCUUCUUAACAGCUUCUACCCCCAAGCCAUAAGACUCCUGAAUAGCUAAUCAAAUGGCUACCCAGACUAUUUGCAUUGAUUUGAUUUGAUUGAUUAAUUCAAUGAAUCUCUGUUUGAAAUUUGCAGCAGUGUAUCUAUAUAGACAAAAGUACUUGGAGAGAUAUACUGUUUGACAGAUUAAUGGGUAUGUAAUAAAUGUGUGUACUAAAUACUAUUACAAACCAUGUGGUAUGAUUUUUACUCCAUAUACAAAUCAAGGUGUUGUUAGCAAAGCAAGACCAUAUUAUGGAAAGAUGGAAUGAGUCACUCACUACUCAGAGACCAUCAGUACCCUACCCGUCACCUCCCCUACCUGUCACUCACACUCCACCUCACAGCCCUAAUGCAAACUGUAAAUCUGGUGUUUCGCAAGCUGGGGUCAAUUCCAUUUUCAUUCCUGUCAGUUAAAUUAGAUAAUGUCAUUUCCAUGUAAAAGGACCCAUGAGCACCAACAUGUGACGUUCAUAGGAGCAUGUCAAAUUGGGUGUCACAUGUAAGCUAAGAGUCUAUAUUUUUUUGAAAAAUAGGAGCAUAUAUACAUUUUUCAAACAUUUCCAUCUAAAAAUUGUUGAAUUAGCAAAGGCCCCUACCAACUAAUAUAAAAAUAUACAUUUUUAUGCCUUCUGUAAGUUUAAGAAACAUUGUCUUGUGCCUUGAUAUUCUGUUACCAAACACCCACAUAUUUUAAAGUUAUUUUUUAAUUUCUCUCCCUCAUAAGGAGGAGGAUAUUAAAAGUUAUCAGAAGUAACAAGUAAAGGUAGACCUAUCAAUUAGUUAUAGUGUUUUUACUGAUAUAAAGGUUGUUUAUUAAUUAGUAAGUAAUUAAAACUCAAAUUGUUGUGACAAAAUCGGUUACGGAAUUUCUGCAAUUGAAUUGGGAAAUUAUAGUAGUCACAAACCACAGUUGGGUUCACAACUUUGGACAGCACAGUACAGUACAGUAUAGCACAGUAGAGUACAGUACAGUAAAGAAAAGUAGAUUAUAGUUCAGUACAGUACAGAAGAGUAGAGUUCAGUACAGUACACAGUAGAGCACACGAGUUGAGUACACUAUAAUGUACUGUACUUUACUGUACUCUACUGUAUGGUACUGAACUCUACUCUACUCUACUGAAGUCUACUGUACUAUACUGAACUGAACUCUACUCUACUCUACUCUACUGCACUGUACUCUACUGUACUGAACUGAACUCUCCUGGACUCUUCUACAGUUCUGUGUUGUGCUAUACUGUACUCUACUGAGCUCUACUGUGCUGUGCUUUGAUGUCCAAACUUGUGAAACAUAGACGUCUAUGAUUGGUUCAGAUUUGGUCCGAUCCGGACCAACCACAUUUGGUCUUGUUUGGGGGCAGAGCUCACUAAAAUAAUAGCCAGUGUGUAGAAUAAUACCCAAAUAUGCAAAGUAGGAUAUUGCAUAUUUAUUCCUUUGCCUACCUAUUUAGGAUACAUCACCAUGAAGAGAAUCACAUUUAUAUCUAUAAUUAUGCAUUUCUGUGUAGUACAGAUCAGGGACCCAUGAUGAAAUUCCGUUACCGGGUGUAAAUCCACUUCACUUACUGUAGUUCAAUAACCAAAAUAGUUUUUUUCAAAGUCAAUGUGUCAUGUCAUAGCUGACACCAUUCUUUCUGCAGACAUCGUUGAAUCUUAAUUGGGAGCAGAUAUUUAACAGAGUUUUUGGAAAACGUGGACACAUAACUGGAGGGAGAUUUUACCUAAAAUCUAUACCCAAAUUUUGCAUCUGCACAGUUCAUCCAGUAAAUGUGUUUUUGUAAAAUUGUUUGUGUAAAUUGUUAAAAGUAAUCAUUGUGCAUAGAAUUAGUUGUAUGGUUUGUUAAACUUUGAAAUCAAUGGGUCUCAGUGCAAUUGCGUUACUGUGGAAUUGCCCAUAAGGAAUUUCCCCAUUGGAAUACUAGUCCAAUCCCUAAGUGGACUGUUGAAUGCAGUUAUUGUAUCGUAGAUACACUACGUGACCAAAAGUAUGUGGACACCUGCUUGUUGAACAUCUGAUUCCAAAAUCAUGGCCAUUAAUAUGGAGUUGGUCCCCCCUUUGCUGCUAUAACUGCCUCCACUCUUCUGGGAAGGCUUUUCACUAGAUGUUGGAACAUUGCUGCAGGGACUUGCUUCCAUUCAGCCACAAGAGCAUUAGUGAGGUCGGGCACUGAAGUUGGGCAAUUAGGCCUGGCUCGCAGUCGGCGUUUCAAUUAAUCCCAAAGGUGUUCAAUGGGGUUGAGGUCAGGGCUCUGUGCAGGCCAGUCAAGUUCUUCCACACCAAUCUCGACAAAUUGUUUCUGUAUGGACCUCGCUUUGUGCACGGGGGGCAUUGUCAUGCUGAAACAGGAAAAGGCUUUCCCAAACUGUUGCCACAAAGUUGGAAGCACAGAAUUGUCUAGAAUGUCAUUGUAUGCUGUAGCAUUAAGAUUUCCCUUCACUGGAACUAAGGGGCCUAGCCCCAACAAUGGCACUAUGCAUUCGGGGAGGUAGCGUUCUCCUGGCAUCCGCCAAACCAAGAUUUGUCCGUCGGACUGCCGGAUGGUUAAGUGUGAUUCAUCACUCCAGAGAACGCGUUUCCACUGCUCCAGAGUCCAAUGGCUGCGAGCUUUACACAACUCCAGCCGAUGCUUGGCAUUGGUGAUCUUAGGCUUGUGUGUGGCUGCUCGGCCAUGGAAACCCAUAUCAUGAAGCUGCCGAGGAACAGUUAUUGUGCUGACGUUGCUUCCAGAGGAUGUUUGGAACUCGGUAGGAAAGUUGCAACCAAGGACAGAUUCUUUUUAUGAGCUACGCGCUUCAGCAAUCGGCGGUCCCGUUCUGUGAGCUUAUGUGGCUUACCACGUUGCGGCUGAGCCGUUGUUGCUCCUAGACGUUUCCACUUCACAAUAACCACUUACAGUUGACCGGGGCAACUCUAGCAGGACUGAAACUUGACAAGCUGACUUGUUGGAAGGGUGGCAUCCAAUGACUGUGCCACGUUGAAAGUCAGUGAGCUCUUCAGUAAGGCCAUUCUACUGCCAAUGUUUGUCUAUGGAGAUUGCAUUGCAGUGUGCUCGAUUUUAUACACCUGUCAACAACGGGUGUGGCUGAAAUAGCCGAAUCCACUAAUUUGAAGGAGCGUCCACAUACUUUUGUACAUAUAGUGCAGUAAAAAUCUGGUAUUUGCCUUGCUGGACCAAUUUCUCCCAGGAGACAAAUAUGUUGACUAUUCUUUUGAUUUUCUAUGGCAGCUCCAAUCCGACAUGGACAGGGGGGAUGGAACCCUGAAAUACAUUCUAAGCGGGGACGGGGCUGGAGACAUAUUUACCAUUGAUGAAAACAAUGGUGACCUCCAUGCCAAUAAGAGACUGGACAGAGAGGAGAAGGCCUUCUAUACCCUCCGAGCCACCGUGGUCAACAAGAACACAGGCAUGAAACUGGAGCCGGAGACAGAGUUCAUUGUUAAACUCCAUGACAUCAACGACAACGAGCCCAAAUUCACUAAGGAGCUUUACACUGCCAGAGUACCUGAGAGGUCCAAUAUAGGUAUGUGCUCUUUCACUUUAAUUUGACAUGUCAAGGUCAUGACCUUUCAAUUUACGUUUUAAAUCCCUUUGAUGAUAAAAUAUCAGUACGAUUUCAAGGUCAAUGGUGCCUUAAAGUGUAAAAUAUGUAUUUUCUUUUGUCUUAGAACCAUGAAUGGUUUUGACAGUUGAUGUGAGUUAUUAUUCUUCCUCAGCAAUUAACAAAACCUUUUUUAUCUUCCAUUCUCAGGUACUUCAGUCACCCAGGUGACAGCCACGGACGCAGACGACAGCAUGUACGGGAACAGCGCUAAACUACGAUACAGCAUCAGCCAGGGGCACCCGUACUUCUCAGUGGAACAUGACACAGGUCCGUCUGUCUGCCUGCCUGCCUUCAUGUCUUUCUGUCUGUCUGUCUCUCUGUGCAUCUGUCUGUCUGAAAAAGCAGCAAUGCUGUUUUAUCCCUCAAAGCAAUUAUUAUUACAAUGAAGCGAGAGACGGUAAUGCAAUGUAAUGUUCAGAGUCAGACUUCCAGAGCCAUUACUAUUCUUUGCCCCCAUUUUCCAAAGUAGACUGUAACAUUGAAUCAUUUCUAAUGUGCACUCUGGAACAUCUCCCACUGCUGGUUCUGUGUUUAAACAAAAGGGAAAUGGAAACAAAAAAGCCUCCAACUGGCAGAUUAUUGUGUGGCUUAACAGCGAUAUGGUUUAUCCCUGAUGUGACAUGGACGAUGAUGUCCCCGUCACACCAGAGGACAUGAAAUCCUACGAGUUUUGGAAAAAAUUGAUGUUUCUGAGGGUUAAUCUGAAAACAGUCAUAUUAUAGAUUAAAGAACACAUUCAAACAAGCCAAGCCAGGCCAGACAGUAUUGUGUAGGAUGGAUGUUGGGUCAGUUGCCAUUUUCACUAUCCCAUCAAAAUAAUUAGGUUAAAUACAGUAGUAAAUGUUUCUUGUUAAAUCCUACCAUGAGGUCUUAGCAAUGUGAAACUGUUUUUAUUUUCUGAUGUGGUGACCAUUUCUUUGCAGGAGGUCACCACCUCUCUUAUACCAGUCAUAAACAUUAUAAUUACCAAUGGGAGUAAUGUAACUAACUAAAGUAUUUGCUGAUACAUUAGUUAAAUCAAGGACACCUACAUAAAUUAGGUGACUCUCAGACUAUACCCACAUCACUUAAAUCUGUUUGACAUGGUGGCACCAUGAGAAAUCCCUACAGCCCUACAGGACCAGAGAAGGAGAAAUGUGCUUAGCUAGCUAAUUAACAAUAAUUCUCAUUAUAUUAUAUGACACAUUAAUAUUGUGUUCCUCUGGUUUGUCCUCAGGCAUCAUCCGGACAGCCCUGGGGCCUGGAGAGAUGGACCGGGAGAAGCGGGAGCACUACCAGGUAGUGAUUGAGGCCAAGGACAUGGCGGGCCAGAGGGGAGGCUUAACCGGGACAACCACGAUCAAUAUCACCCUGACCGACGUCAACGACAACCCCCCACGCUUCUCCCAGAGUGAGUACUGAGUACAGUGACUGGUAUUAUACUGGUGCUUGAAGUAGUAAUUAGUAAUGGUAUUCAUAGUAGUCCUAAUAUUAGUGGUAGUGUCAGUGAGUGACAUGUUGGGAACAAGAAUCAGUUUUUUAGCCGUGUCAUUGUGCUGUGUGUAUGAGUGAAGGCGUCAGCAUACUUCAGUUCGGCUGGAGCCUAGCUGAACUCGGCUAGCCGAACCGAACGAGUGUGCUCGCAUACUCCCUUAAAAGACCUUUGCUUGAAAAAUGAGAAAAAAGCGUCUAUAGUACUGUUUGUCCAUUUUGAGACGGCGUAGCCAGUAUACGCUUUCUUCAAAAUAGUCAGAAUUAAUCUAAGAUAACUCAAGAAAUCUGUCAUUAAUUUUGACGCUUUUGCAGAGUAGAUCUUAGUCGCGCAAUUUUACAUCUAACUCAGAUGUUUGGUGCAGUAUUUCUCAAUGAAAACAUGUGCAUGAAAACGAGUCGUCGAGACUUUAUUGAAGAAUCCCUACUGUUGACCCAUCACUGACGAAGGGGCGUAGACUUCGGCUUCGAACUUCAACUCGCCCAAACAGACGAAAAAACCCUCACCCAAGUCCAAAACGAACAAAAACCAUCAGAAAAUGACAUCAUUAUACAUUAUAUGAACAAACUCUACCGAACUGUUUACCUCUCUCUCUCUCUCUCUCUCUCCAUGCACACACAUUUACACUCUGUCCUACAAAUUGAAAACACUCUGGAAUCUGUUUGACAGAUUGCUUUUGGCAUUACUAUUCUGUUUAAGUCCAAUGGUUGGAUGGCGGAAACUAAAGGGAAAAAAAAGCUCUGAACCACUCCACCUUCACAUCUCUCUCUCCCACUUAGUCAGUUAAUGACACCUUACAGCAGGAAGCUUACACCACCAGUCAGCACCAUGCUUGGUGGAAACAUACUAUCUAAUUGGUCACCAUGAGCAGAAGGUUAACACCACUAGCACUGCUGAAGUGCAGUGAUACAGAUUCACACACAGUGUCUUCAGAAAGUUUUCACACCCCUUGACUUUUUCCACAUUUUGUUAUGUUACAUUCUGAAUUUAAAAUGGAUUAAAUUUAGAUGUUGUGUCACUGUUCUACACACAAUACCCCAUAAUGUCAAAGUGGAAUUAUGUUUUUACACAUUUUCACAAAUUAAUAAAAAAAAUAAUAGCUGAAAUGUCUUGAGUCAAUAAGUAUUCAACACUGGCAAGCCUAAAUAAGGUCAGGAGUAAAAAUGUGCUUAACAAGUCACAUAAUAUAGUAAGUUGCAUGGACUCACUCUAUGUGCAAUAAUGGUGUUUAACAUGAUUUGUGAAUGACUACCCCAUCUCUGUACCCCACACAUACAAUUAUCUGUAAACUCCCUGAAUCAAGCAGUGAAUUUCAAGCACAGAUUCAACCACAAAGACCAGGGAGGUUUUCUAAUGGCUCGCAAAGAAGGGCACCUGUAAUAUCCCUUUGAGCAUGGUGAAGUUAUUAAUUACACUUUGGAUGGUGUAUCAAUACACCCAGUCACUACAAAGAUACAGGCGUCCUUCCUAACUCAGUUGAAGGAGAGGAAGGAAAAUGCUCAGGGAUUUCACCCUGAGACCAAUGGUGACUUUAAACCAGUUACAGAGUUAAAUGGCUGUGAUAGGAGAAAACGUAGGAUGGAUCAACAACAUUGGAGUUACUCCACAAUACUAACCUAAAUGACAGAGUGAAAAGAAGGAAGCCUGUACGGAAACAACAUAUUCCAAAACAUGCAUCCUGUUUGCAGUAAUGCACUAAAGUAAUACUGCAAAAAAUGUGGCAAACCAAUUAACUUUUUGUCCUGAAUACAAAGCAUUAUGUUUGGGGCAAAUCCCACAAAACACAUCACUAAGUGCCACACUUCAUAUUUUCAAGCAUGGUGGUGGCUGCAUCAUGUUAUGGGUAUUCUUGUCAUCGGCAAGGACUAGGGAAUUUUUUAGGAUAAAAAGAAAAGGCAAAGUCCUAGAGGAAGAUAUGGUUCAGUCUGCUUUCCAACAGACACUGGGAGACAAAUUCAACUUUCAGCAGGACAAUAACCGAAAGCGCAAGGCCAAAUAUACACUGGAGUUACUUACCAAGACGACAUUGAAUGUUCUUGAGGGGCUUAGUUACAGUUUUGACUUAAAUCGGCUUGAAAAUCUAUGGCAAGACUUGAAAAUGGCUGUCUAGCAAUAAUCAACAACCAACUUGACAGAGCUUGAAGAAUUGUAAAAAUAAUAAUGGGCAAGUAUUGUACAAUCCAUGUUUGCAAAGCUAUGAGAGACUUACCCAGAAAAAUGCAAAGCUGUAAUCGCUGCCAAAGGUGAUUCUAACAUGUAUUGACUCAGGGGGUUAAAUACUUUUCUAAUCAAAAAUAUUUUGUUUUCCAUUAAUAUUUUACUUCCAUAAAUGUUUUACUUUGACAUAACAGAGUAUUUUGUGUAGAUCGUUGACAAAAAAAUGACAAUUAAAUCAAUUUUAAUCCCACUUUGUAACACAACAAAAUGUGGAAAAAGUCAAGGGGGGGUGAAUACUUUCUGAAGGCAAAUGUGUUAGUGUCAGAAACAUAGAUGUGUGGAUGAGGAGCUGGCACAGAAAACAACUCACUCACCAUGCCAGAGGAAGACCAACAACCUCUUCUAUUUGUGACAAGCUUAUGCAAUUCUGUCUCAUGGUUCCAGGCCAUUCUGGCUCUGUUUCGUUAACAUACUUUCCUUCUUCUCUCCAACAUAAUUACUGACGCAAAUAGUUUUGAGUUUUUGUGAAAUCGCAGUAAAUGUUGCCGAUAUUCCAAUCUAAAGUUCUGUAGAUCUCAAGUUCAUACAGAACAUUCUUGAUUUACAUGUGUCUGUUUAUGUUCAUGUUCCAGGUAUAUAUCAGUUCAGCGUUCCAGAAUCCAUGAAAGCUGGAACUCCUGUUGGGAGAAUCACAGCAGUGGAUAAAGACCUUGGGAAGAAUGCAGAGAUGUACUACAACGUUGUCGGCGGGGACGGCUUGGGCAUGUUCGAUGUCAUCACAGACAAAGACUCACAGGAAGGCAUCAUUACUGUUGGAAAGGUAACAGCCGUUACUCCUGUAAAUGACAUCUACUGUAUAGUCACACAUAACUAUAGGACCUGCUUUGUUAGACCUGAGGUCAUCAGACCAUCAUAAACUCUAUUACUGUAUCUGUUAUUUCAAAACAUCCGUACUGCAUCAGUGCAGAAUAUGACUCCCCUACCAUGUUCUAUUGUCCCUGUGUCCCUGUCCCUACAGCCAUUGGACUAUGAAAAGACCCGGUCCUACACACUGGAGAUCCAGGUACAGAAUACUCAGACCUUGGACACUCGCUUCCUGGGGUACCUACCCACCAAGGACAUGGCCACAGUCAGGAUCGGUAUAGAGGAUGUGGAUGAGCCUCCUCUGUUUGAGAGAGCCAGCUACGUGAUGGAGGUGAAGGAGGAUGCAGCCGUGGGUAUUGCAGUAGGGUCUGUCAGGGCCACGGACCCGGAUGGAUACAACAGCCCUGUCAGGUUAGUUAGAGCACUGCUUUGCUUUCCCUUUAGCCCGCCCACUCAUUUCUUCCUACCACCCACAGGUAAUGGGGAGAUUGGUUAUAGUCAUUUGUAUCAUUGGUCAUUUGAUGGAUGUUAAAGGUUAUGUUAUAGUAAUUUUGGAACUGUAGAAUAAUUAGAGUUGAAUAGGUCAUCUCAUUAAAUUGGGAGUCUAGAAGAAGUCGUGUCCAUAAUGAGCGAAGCGCAAGGUGUGUGUUCUGCACCAUCUCCACACACACUCUUUUUAGUGAGUUCUUCUCAAUGUCCAAAGUCUCUUAAUUACCACUCCUCAUGGAAAUACACUGAAAGGGCAUCUAGUAUAAAUGUAAUAACAGGAUCAUUGCGUAAUCUGCUGAAUGAUGAAACUGAUAGGGCUGGUCUGGUCUUGUGCCACUGUUCAGAGCUGUUCCCUCUCCAGGACAGGUAUGAAAAUAGAGUGAUAUAAGUCCCAAUGGCUGUUUAGGGCAGAUCCUCUGGGCGUGCAGUAUUCCGAAUCAACUGCUGUUAUCAUACAGAGAGGGCAGAGAAUCCCCGGGAUCACCCAUACACACAAAAAAAAUUAUGCACGCAUGACUGUAAGUCGCUUUGGAUAAAAGCGUCUGCUAAAUGGCUUAUUAUUAUUAUUAUUAUUAUUAGAAUGGAGAGUGGAUUGAAAAAGUAUUAAACUUAUUGAGCGAAAAGGGGGUGUCAAGUACAGUAGGAGAGGUUGUUGGGGAGUGGUAGAAAAUAGAAGAAGUGUAUUGUUUUUAAAGCCUGUAGUAAACCCUCUUGAAUAUUUGACAAACCUCCAUGCUUUCAAUCAUUGUCUUACAUUUUGUGUAUCUAUCGUACAGGUACUCCAUUGAUCGUCGCACAGAUCUGGACCGGCUUUUUAACGUGCAUUCUGGGAAUGGGUCCAUAUUUAUCACAAGACCUCUCGACCGAGAAGAAGCUGCCUGGCACAACAUUUCUGUUAUCGCAACUGAGUUCAGUAAGUCUUUCUCAGGCAACUUUAUCAUGCACAUGAAUUCACAAUACAAACAGUUCAAUUAUUAUAUUCUGCCCUGUUUUGAUACAUAAAAAAAUAUAUAUAUACAGUGGGGAAAAAAAGUAUUUAGUCAGCCACCAAUUGUGCAAGUUCUCCCACUUAAAAAGACGAGAGAGGCCUGUAAUUGUCAUCAUAGGUACAUGUCAAGUAUGACAGACAAAAUGAGAUUUUUUUCCCCAGAAAAUCACAUUGUAGGAUUUUUAAUGAAUUUAUUUGCAAAUGAUGGUGGAAAAUAAGUAUUUGGUCAAUAACAAAAGUUUCUCAAUACUUUGUUAUAUACCCUUUGUUGGCAAUGACACAGGUCAAACGUUUUCUGUAAGUCUUCACAAGGUUUUCACACACUGUUGCUGGUAUUUUGGCCCAUUCCUCCAUGCAGAUCUCCUCUAGAGCAGUGAUGUUUUGGGGCUGUUGCUGGGCAACACAGACUUUCAACUCCCUCCAAAGAUUUUCUAUGGGGUUGAGAUCUGGAGACUGGCUAGGCCACUCCAGGACCUUGAAAUGCUUCUUUACGAAGCCUCUCCUUCGUUGCCCGGGCGGUGUGUUUGGGAUCAUUGUCAUGCUGAAAGACCCAGCCACGUUUCAUCUUCAAUGCCCUUGCUGAUGGAAGGAGGUUUUCACUCAAAAUCUCACGAUACAUGGCCCCAUUCAUUCUUUCCUUUACACGGAUCAGUCGUCCUGGUCCCUUUGCAGAAAAACAGCCCCAAAGCAUGAUGUUUCCACCCCCAUGCUUCACAGUAGGUAUGGUGUUCUUUGGAUGCAACUCAGCAUUCUUUGUCCUCCAAACACGACGAGUUGAGUUUUUACCAAAAAAGUUAUAUUUUGGUUUCAUCUGACCAUAUGACAUUCUCCCAAUCCUCUUCUGGAUCAUCCAAAUGCACUCUAGCAAACUUCAGACGGGCCUGGACAUGUACUGGCACUGCAGGAUUUGAGUCCGUGGUGGCGUAGUGUGUUACUGAUGGUAGGCUUUGUUACUUUGGUCCCAGUCUCUGCAGGUCAUUCACUAGGUCCCCCCGUGUGGUUCUGGGAUUUUUGCUCACCGUUCUUGUGAUCAUUUUGACCCCACAGGGUGAGAUCUUGUGUGGAGCCCCAGAUCGAGGGAGAUUAUCAGUGGUCUUGUAUGUCUUCCAUUUCCUAAUAAUUGCUCCCACUGUUGAUUUCUUCAAACCAAGCUGCUUACCUAUUGCAGAUUCAGUCUUCCCAGCCUGGUGCAGGUCUACAAUUUUGUUUCUGGUUUCCUUUGACAGCUCUUUGGUCUUGGCCAUAGUGUAGUUUGGAGUGUGACUGUGAGGUUGUGGACAGGUGUCUUUUAUACUGAUAACAAGUUCAAACAGGUGCCAUUAAUACAGGUAACGAGUGGAGGACAGAGCAGCCUCUUAAAGAAGAAGUUACAGGUCUGUGAGAGCCAGAAAUCUUGCUUGUUUGUAGGUGACCAAAUACUUAUUUUCCACCAUAAUUUGCAAAUAAAUUCAUUAAAAAUCCUACAAUGUGAUUCUCAGGAUUUUUUUUUCUCAAUUUGUCUGUCAUAGUUGACGUGUACCUGUGAUGAAAAUUACAGGCCUCUCUCAUCUUUUUAAGUGGGAGAACUUGCACAAUUGGUGGCUGACUAAAUACUUUUUUCCCCCACUGUAUAUAUAUAAUUAUUUAUUACAGCCAUUAUUCAUAAUUGGUUUUUGAUGUGUAUGUUUUCUUUACAGACAAACCUCUGCAGACCAGUCGGGUGCCUGUUUAUAUCCGUCUUCUAGAUGUCAACGACAACGCACCCACGUUCGCCUCUUUCUACGAGACGUUUGUUUGUGAAAAGACCAAGGCUGGACAGGUACGGAACACGGAUCUUCCACUUAGGUCCCAUGACAGAUAGUGAUUAACAUGAAUUCAUUAUUCUCGCUGCUAUAAUUACUCCAUAUCAUUGUGACAUCUAGAGGUUCUACCAUAGGUUAUAUGCCCAAGAAUACCACAAAUGGGGAUAAAGUAUUGUGAUGAGUACUAUAUUCCUCUGGGGAAGUGAUUGGUCUCCAGGGUCUACUUUCUGUGGCAGCUGAUGAGAUGAUCUGUCAAGGCAGGUGACAGUAGCUGUCACACAUCAAGGACAUGUUUCAAUAGGUGCCCACCACAUGUCUAUUCCUCCCUCUCCUUUUAUCCCUCCUUCUUCCCUCUGUCAUUAUUCAUAAUUAAUUCAGAGGCCCAUCCUUGGUUCUUCUGUGUUUGUGUUUGCUGCCCUCCUGUUUACCAUGCAAGGUCCCAUGAGAGUAGUCAAUACAAUCAUCCACAAUGGAUCUUCCCCAAUGGUUAUUUAUUUAUGUCAUUAAUUAAAUAAACAUAUCAAUCUGUCUAUAUGCAUGGUCUCUAGCCUACAAGUUUAGCCUCCAAUUUUCGUCAAUAUCGCAAGCCUGGAAAACCAAAGAGUACCUUGCUAUCUGACAGCACACAUUUUCUAUUUAAAAUAUGAAUCCGUUUUUGUUUAUCCUGUAAACAGAAGAUCCAGACGGUGAGUGCUGUGGAUGCAGAUGACCCUGCAGGUGGACACAAGUUCUUCUUCAGUCUGGCUACGGAGGGAGCUUACAGAGGCAACUUCACAGUCAGAGACAAUGGAGGUGAGUACUGUACUGUAGGAUCUCUUUGGGUCUCUAUCAUACACAGUCAACAUCUGAUAUUAUAUGUAGGUCUCUAUCACACACAGUCAACACCUGAUUAUUUAUAUUUUUUAUAUUUUUUAUUUAAUUUUUUUAUCUUUAACUUUGCAUUGUUGGAAAUGGACCUUAAGUAAGCAUUUCACUGUUAGUCUACACCUGUUGUCUACGAAGCAUGUGACAAAUACAAUUUGAUUUGAUAUUAUAGUAAACAUGUUAUAAUGCCUAAUAGCAUACAUGUUUAUGGCACCUUGUGGUUAAUCCAAUGAAUCCACGCUGGAAGACAAUUCUGCGAUCUGUGUGCAAUCAGUCACCCUUCAUAGCAACAUAACGCACUAUAAUGUGGCUGUUACAUCCGUCUUUAACAUGUGCGUUAAAUGUAUUUUGUUUCCCUCUAGAUAACACAGCUGGCAUCCUAACCCGGCGCUCCAGCUACAGCCGACUGCACAAGAGCGUCUACCUCGUUCCCAUGGUGAUCACAGAUGGGGACUUCCCCAUGCAGAGCAGCACAGGGACGCUGACGGUGCGUGUGUGCACCUGCGACCGCGAAGGCAACAUGGAGCUGUGCAACGCCGAGGCCCAGACCAGCUCAGCUGGACUCAGUACCGGGGCCCUGGUGGCUAUCCUGCUUUGUGUUAUCAUCCUCCUCAGUGAGUAUAGCUGUCUGUAUGUCUGUCUAUCUGUUUAUCUGGCUGGCUGUCUGGCUGUGUGAGUAUAUUGAUUGAGUCCUCAUUGAGUAUAGCUGUCUGUUUGUCUGGCUCUGGCUCUGACCAUCUCCAUCUCCUAAUUAGUCAUUCACAUGAAUGUACAGUAUGGAAAAUAUCUCUCUUUAAUAAGAAAUUCCACAGGUUCUAGUGUAGUUGCUAUAUUUUAGAUUUUCAAUUUGACCUUUCUGUAUACAGUGGGGGAAAAAAAGUAUUUAGUCAGCCAACAAUUGUGCAAGUUCUCCCACUUAAAAAGAUGAGAGGCCUGUAAUUUUCAUCAUAGGUACACGUCAACUAUGACAGACAAAAUUAGAAAAAAAAAUCCAGAAAAUCACAUUGUAGGAUUUUUUAUGAAUUUAUUUGCAAAUUAUGGUGGAAAAUAAGUAUUUGGUCAAUAACUAAAGUUUCUCAAUACUUUGUUAUAUACCCAUUGUUGGCAAUGACACAGGUCAAACGUUUUCUGUAAGUCUUCACAAGGUUUUCACACACUGUUGCUGGUAUUUUGGCCCAUUCCUCCAUGCAGAUCUCCUCUAGAGCAGUGAUGUUUUGGGGCUGUCGCUGGGCAACACGGACUUUCAACUCCCUCCAAAGAUUUUCUAUGGGGUUGAGAUCUGGAGACUGGCUAGUCCACUCCAGGACCUUGAAAUGCUUCUUACGAAGCCACUCCUUCGUUGCCCGGGCGGUGUGUUUGGGAUCAUUGUCAUGCUGAAAGACCCAGCCACGUUUCAUCUUCAAUGCCCUUGCUGAUGGAAGGAGGUUUUCACUCAAAAUCUCACGAUACAUGGCCCCAUUCAUUCUUUCCUUUACACGGAUCAGUCGUCCUGGUCCCUUUGCAGAAAAACAGCCCCAAAGCAUGAUGUUUCCACCCCCAUGCUUCACAGUAGGUAUGGUGGUCUGUGGAUGCAACUCAGCAUUCUUUGUCCUCCAAACACGACGAGUUGAGUUUUUACCAAAAAGUUCUAUUUUGGUUUCAUCUGACCAUAUGACAUUCUCCCAAUCCUCUUCUGGAUCAUCCAAAUGCACUCUAGCAAACUUCAGACGGGCCUGGACAUGUACUGUGUGGUUCUGGGAUUUUUGCUCACCGUUCUUGUGAUCAUUUUGACCCCACGGGGUGAGAUCUUGCGUGGAGCCCCAGAUCGAGGGAGAUUAUCAGUGGUCUUGUAUGUCUUCCAUUUCCUAAUAAUUGCUCCCACAGUUGAUUUCUUCAAACCAAGCUGCUUACCUAUUGCAGAUUCAGUCUUCCCAGCCUGGUGCAGGUCUACAAUUUUGUUUCUGGUGUCCUUUGACAGCUCUUUGGUCUUGGCCAUAGUGGAGUUUGGAGUGUGACUGUUUGAGGUUGUGGACAGGUGUCUUUUAUACUGAUAACAAGUUCAAACAGGUGCCAUUAAUACAGGUAACGAGUGGAGGACAGAGGAGCCUCUUAAAGAAGUUGUUACAGGUCUGUGAGAGCCAGAAAUCUUGCUUGUUUGUAGGUGACCAAAUACUUAUUUUCCACCAUAAUUUGCAAAUAAAUUCAUUAAAAAUCCUACAAUGUGAUUUUCUGGAUUUUUUUUCUCUCAAUUUGUCUGUCAUAGUUGACGUGUACCUAUGAUGAAAAUUACAGGCCUCUCUCAUCUUUUUAAGUGGCUAACUAAAUACUUUUUUCCCCACUGUAUCACCUGAAUGUGUACACAUACGAGUGUGCGCACACACACAGGCACUUCUAAGAAAAGCCCUAAAUUCCCCAGCCUAUUUCACUCUUGGCUGUGUACUGUAAACGUGUUAUUUAUGUAGGAUCAAAACAAGUCCAACGGGAUUCAGAUUGUAGACAGGAUAGUAAAUCUACAGGACUGGCAGUAAAAAUACCCCCUGAUACACCAGGAGUUAGUUUAAUGAAAAAUAAUGUAAUGCGAUUACCCCAAUAUAUUACUUCAGCACCAUUAACUACAUAUAAUGUAAAUGUAUUUAUUAAACAUGGCACCAUUUCCUGGUUAUUUAUAAGUUACUAGUUGCAAUCUCAUUGCAAUGUUAAAAUAAAAUAAAAAUCAGCAUCUCAACUGCAGUCGUUUCUAAAUUGUUACUGGGCUGUAGUACUGGGCUGCAUGAAGCAGCCCGUGUUCUAAUACAGUGUUCACUGCAGCAUGAGCAAUGAGAUAAGAUGAAAUGAACCAGCCCUGAACAGCAAACCUCUUGCUAACGCUGCCUCUCUCUCUCUCCAUCUCUCUGUGUCUAUCUCUGUCUCUCUCUCCCUCUCUGUUUCUCAGUGAUCAUAGUUCUGUUUGCGGUACUGAAGAGGCAGAAGGAAAAGGAGCCUCUGAUCAUCUCUAAAGAGGACGUGCGAGACAACGUGGUCAGCUACAACGACGAGGGGGGCGGAGAGGAGGACACCCAGGCCUUCGACAUCGGGGCUCUGCGUAACCCAGAGGCCAUCGAGGAGAGCAAGCAGAGGCGGGACAUCAUCCCCUCGGACACUCUGUACCCCCCUCUCAGACGGACAGCCAUCCCGUCGCGGGACAACGCCGAUGUCCGGGACUUCAUAAACCAACGGGUGCAGGAUAACGACAAUAAUCCCACCGCCCCCCCUUAUGACUCUCUGGCCACAUAUGCCUACGAGGGAACCGGUUCAGUGGCUGAGUCUCUCAGCUCCCUGGGGUCAGCUUCCUCUGAAGGGGACCAGGACUACAACUACCUCAGUGACUGGGGGCCCCGCUUCAGGAAACUGGCUGACAUGUACGGGGCUGAGGACAGCGACCGUGACUCCUAA